AUGGCUCUCACAGCUGAACUGUAUGAUUUACGUAAAGUACAGCGCUGCGAUCGUGGAGGGAAAUUCGAACGAGUGCAGUGCGAUGACGACGGCUGUUUCUGUGUUGAUAUCGACAGUGGUGACGAGAUAUCCGGCACACGAACCACUGACGACAUUCCUAACUGUGCAGGUGUGCUAAAUCUCUGCCCACGUGGUGAGCCGUUCAUUUCGCAGGUUGGCGUCGUAGAAACCUGUAACUCCAACGAUCAGUGCCCAUCUGGGCACUGGUGUAAUCAGAUGGGCUUUUCCUCAAGUGGUCUGUGUUGCGCUCUGCCGACAAGAGCUGCCCAUUCUGGCGUAUGUCCACCAACCACUCCACUUCUUCACAAUCUCACUGUCUGUGGUUUCGAUUGCCGCUCUGACGGCGAUUGUCAAACCACUGAGAAGUGCUGCUACGAUGGAUGUGGGCUGCGCUGCAAAGCCAUGACGUCAGACGUGACUGAAAGUGGUGAAGUGACGAAAACGGAGCUGGUGAAGCCUGGACAGUGCCCAUACUUUGACGAGCGAUCCUGCGAAGAUCGACUUCAUCUCAACCAGUGCGGUUCUGACGUCGAAUGCGCCGGCGUGCAGAAAUGCUGUUCUGACGGCUGCACCAAGAAGUGUCUCUACCCCGAGAACGCCAGCGCUUGCGUACAAGCCAAAUCGGCUCUACAGAUGAUUGGGCAAUCAGAGAGGAUUCAGUGUCGUCCGGACGGUUCAUUCGAGGAGGUUCAGUGCGAUUCGGAGAACUGUUGGUGUGUGAAUCAGCUCGGUGCCGAAGUCGAAGGAACACGAUCAUCCGAAAAUAUUCCACCCAACUGUAAAGUUUCAUGCAAGUAUGGAAGGAAGAAGGACUCGAACGGUUGUGACACUUGUGAAUGUAGCAGUCCUUGUGAUGGCGUUGUAUGUCCGGACACCUCUAUUUGUGUACCAAUGCCAGUGGAAUGCAUUUCUGGGCCAUGCCCUGAGGUUCCCAGAUGUGUGAUCAAUCCAUGCCUGAUAGGUUCGCCAAAGAUUGAUACCUCCACAGCACAACCCGUCAAUUGUACGGACAAUAGCAACUGCGUUGGAUCUAGUGGCUCGUGGUACUGCAGUCAAUACAGAAGUGACAAUGGAGUCUGUUGUCCUGGAAGGGAGCCUCGAUGGUCACCUGGAACAUGUCCGCCGGCAACCGCCUCAACUGCUGAUUGCACUCGACGUUGUCUAAUUGACGAGCAAUGUUCGGCUGGGCAACGGUGCUGCUUCAAUGGUUGUGGGCUCUCAUGUGUGGCUGCAGUUUUCUCCGCUCCACCUCCUCAAGUGAUACAUAUCGGAGAAUGUUUGGAGACGAAACCUCUUGGAGCUUUUUGUGUUCAAAGAGGCAAAGAUCACGAAUGUUCUGCGGACGUUGACUGUUCGCCACUGCGAAAAUGCUGCAGCGAUGGGUGCACUCGUCGAUGUGCUGCUCCUGACAUUACUACACACUGCAUUCAUGCUCGCCUGGCAGCGAUGGCGAUUCGCGAGUCGGACUCUAGUGUAUAUGUACCUGAAUGUGAUGGAAAUGGUGAAUAUACGCCCAUUCAAGCUCACUAUGGCCUGAAAUGGUGCGUGGAUGCGAUAGGACGGGAAAUACAAGGAACAAAAACAACUCACCAGCCGGACUGUAAAUCACCGCGACCAUGUCCCGUACGGACCUGCGGCAAGCACUGCCCUUUUGGCUAUCGAACAAACAAUGAUGGGUGUACGGUAUGCGACUGCAUUCUGCCGUGCGAAUUGGUGCAAUGCCAAGCCGGAUUCAUCUGUCGAAUGGUGCAACCACGAUGUUACGCCAAAAGCUGUCCGCCCAUAGCGAGAUGUAGGUAUUUUUCAAGUGACUUGUGGAGAAGUUACGGAUUUCUUAGGAAAACAUCAGGGUACGUAAUGAAAACGUUUGCUUUUUCAGGUCUACCCAAUGUCUGUCCUGUGGGUGAACCGUUGAUCUCACCGGGUGCUGAUCACUUGGCCGAAUGUGGAGAACAGCAAUCAUGUCCUACCGGGUAUUACUGUAGCCAUAGCGGGUACGAAGGGAAGGCAUUCUGCUGUCGUGGUAAUGCUCAAUUCCUAAUUGAAUACUCAGCAGAUGGCUAG